AUGACUCUUAUUGCAACAGGGGGUAAGUGGAAGGUCCAGAUUGCUGUCUGCUCAGGCUCCUCCUCUCAGGUGUCCUGCCAACAAAACCAGCAGAAGUGCCAGCUCCCUGCCAAGUGCCUCCCCAAAUAUCCACCCAAGCACCCCCCAAAGGCUCCUCAGGCCCUGGCUCCCUGCCCCCCUCCUGCCCCCUCCUGCUGUGUCCCCAGCUGCUGUAUUUCUGGCUUUGGAAGCUGCUGCUCUCUGGUGUCCCACCGGUUUCCAAGUGUCUACCUAUGCCAGCCCCAGCCUUCCAACUGCUGUGAGGUGGAGCUUUCUGGAUGUUCCAGUUGCUGCCAUGGUUUUGGGGGCUACAGCUGA